UAACUGUUUCAAUUUUGCCCCUGAAGAGUUUUUCUAGUCUAGUCAUCUAAACGCCACACGUGUGCAUGUGUAGCUGUGAGCGUUACGAGGAGCACCUGAAGGUAACACGGGGAGGUGCAAUUUCAAUGUAGCUUUCCCUGCGUCGCUCGGUUUCUCCUCCUCCUUUUCCUUUUUAUUUCCCUUGCCUGCAUCUCCACCACCACCACCUGCACCGCAGACAUGGAGACCUUCCGCUAAUUCCUGUAAAGUGACGGAAUAAACAUCUGAAAGAAAAGGCAAAGGGGGAGACAACGAGGGCUGAGGUGGACCAUAGAGCUGGAAGGAGGCUGAAAGAAGGGGUGACAAGCGGAAAGACAGAAACAUAUGGUUGGACAGAAAGGCGUUUUAUUUUACUGAGGACUGCCGAAGCGGACAGAAACUUCUUCAACCGCCGUUUGUUCAAGGAGGAUUGCGGUGUUUGGACCUGCCUGGACGCGCGCGCACACACGCUCACAGAGAGCAUCACAAGACGCGGCGCAGCCUUACAAACGCUUCCUGUACGGGGGAAAUUUAAUUAGACAACUUAUUGGCACCGAAGAGGAGCUUCUCACGGCAACAAGCCAUGUCUGGCCAGACAGUGACCAUCCCGGACGACAGGGCGUUCGCAAGCUUCAAGGCGGAGUGCCUGUGCGAAGAGGGCUGGACCAUGACCUACACCAAGGGGGGCAUCACGGUGUGGACCCAGGUGCUGGAGGAGGGCAAAUCCGUCCAUAAAAUUAAGUGUCGUAUGGUAUGUAAGGAUGUGCCGGCUGAGACGAUGUACGAUGUUCUCCAUGACAUUGAAUACAGAAGAAAGUGGGACUCAAAUGUCAUCGAGACCUUUGAUAUUGGGAAGCUCACAGUGAAUGCAGAUGUUGGAUACUACUCAUGGAAGUGUCCGAAACCUCUCCGGAAUCGGGAUGUCAUCACUCUUCGCUCCUGGCUGCCAAUAGGGAAGGAUUACAUCAUCAUGAACUACUCUGUUAAGCAUGCCAAAUACCCUCCUAAAAAGGACAUGGUGCGGGCUGUUUCCCUUCAGACAGGCUACAUGAUUCAGAGCCAGGGACCAACCAACUGUACCCUCACUUAUAUGGCCCAGGUAGAUCCACGAGGCUCAUUACCCAAGUGGGUUGUCAACAAAUCUUCUCACUUCCUCGCUCCCCGCGCAAUGAAAAAGAUCAGCAAAGCCUGUCUGAAGUAUGCCGAGUGGAAGCAGAGACACGGGCCCAACUUCAAGCCCUGGCUGUACCCCGAACAGACCACCUUAGCUACAAUCCCACUCUCGGAGCUGAGCAUUCAGCGCGCGGAGAGCCUGGAGAAUUUCGACGAGAGCUCUUUGGCCGAGACUAAUGAGAGAGAAGACAGCGACUAAACCAAACAUGUUCAUACAAACAGCAAUGCAGGGAUACAUAAAUGCUUAAUAAACGUCCCAUCAUUACAUGUAUGUAUAUGUGAUUCUGUCUGUACAUUGGAUAUUGGUCAUGAAAUGCAUAUGCAAACAUAUCAAUGAGGAUAGGUAUGACAGGACAGGCACACGGAUAAACUUUACCAACUCAGUCACAUUUACAUACACGUAUGAACACAGACACGUCACAUAAACAAGGAGCACAAACAAUACUAUUAGAAGUAAAUAAACUAAUAUUUGAUGUGCUCAAAGUAGCAGUAAAGAUUAUUUUUUUCCUUUUAAAGGGAUGUUGUUUUUUAAUGCAGAGUUUCAUGUCAACUAUAUACAUAGAUUCUUGUUGUAGCACUUAGACUUUCAAAACUUUUACACAUCUUUUCACCUUGCAACCACAAACGUCUUUGUAUUUUAUUGACUAUGAGAUCAUCCAACACACAGUAGACUGUAACAAUAAAGUGCAAUGGAUUUUUUAUUUUAUUUAUUUUAACUGGACCCUUUCCAUUUGGUGAUUUUUGAAGGAAUUUUGUUGGACUGGAUAUUUGGGAUCUCAAAGUAAAGAUGGUCUGAACACAAGUCAAGCUUUCAGAUUAUAUAUAUAUUUUUAAACUAAGGUGUAAAACAAUUAAUCAUUUCCCAUUCAAGUUGUAAUUUUGCACCCCUUUGUGUUGGCAUGCACACAAAUCCAAAUAAAAUACGACGAAGCUUGUGGUUGUAAUAAGACAAAAUGUAAAAGUUUAUUGGGCAUAAAUAAUUUUGCAAAGAACUAUGCCUUUAAUAAACCAUUUGCACACAAAGUUUAACAUGCAUAUUGAUUCUACAUAUGACCUAUCAAGAUCCAAUAUUUUCACAAUUAGUUACAUGAUCUCUGAGCUCCAGAAAUAUACAUCCAAACAUGCUGCACCAGUGGACUCAGACCUGUAUUAGUCUCGAUCUUUAAGUCUCUCAGUCUGCAGUGUGUCUCCAUGACAUUUUCUUAGCACAUAAUUAUGCAGGUGUGCAGAAGGCAGCUGGAACCCACAACCCAACCUUCAUCCCACCUUUUUUUUUGGUCACACACAGACAAAUGCAGAUUUACAUUCAUGCAAUGACAGCUUCUUAAUUUGGGAGAUGUCUGAAUGUAUGUAUACUUUAAAUAAAUACAUAUUCCUACAAAGGUUUCCAUCA